UUGAUCAACUUUAAGUUGAUAAAGGUGAAUUUGUCGCAGUGGUAAGUUUGUGAGAUUUUUGGGACUUGCGAGGUUAUACAAUAAUCCUUACACACGCGCCAUUUUUUAUCUUUUUUUUUCAGAACUUGAGUUUUACUUCACCACACUUAACACUACUGGCAAGGAAGGUCCAACAUCAAAUGCCGGGUACAAAGGCUCCUCCCUUGAAAAUAUAAACGUGACAAAUGGUCUGCAAGAAUGGAGUGCACCCUUAACUGGCUACUACUACGUUGACAUGUGCGGUGCCUCAGGCGGUGGAUCGUACGGGGGUAAAGGGGCGAGGGUAAAUGGUACAGUGCAUCUUCAGGAGGGAACCAAACUGAUUGUGUUAGUGGGUCAGCGAGGUGCUGAACGUCCUCCGCAAUACAGAAGUGGUGCUGGUGGGGGAUCAUUUGUGUUUUUUCCUACCAACAGUACCCCUCUCAGUAUUGCUGGCGGGGGUGGAGGGGAGCAUUAUAAAAGAGACGGCGGACCAGGACAAGCGGGUGAAGCUGAAGGAUUGAUGCUUGGCACCGUUGGACAGGGCGGCCGGUUGAUUUGUGUUGAACCAUGUUAUUGGUGGGUAUUAGAUGAAGGACACAGUGGCGGAGGAUUCAGUGGUAAUGGUGAAUGCUUCAGUCACAGCCAGGUAAUCAUGCAGUGCAACGAAGAGGCAGCCAAAUCAUUUCUAAACGGUGGAAGAGGCGGAUCUCAAGAUUAUCUUGACUGCUGCGAUGGCGGGUUUGGUGGAGGUGGAGCAUCAUCUGAUUAUGUACCAGGGGGAGGGGGAGGAUACUCUGGAGGAAGUGUUAACGGAAGCUUUGCGGAUAUCUUCAUAUCAGGCGGUGGCGGUUCGUAUGUUCCCAGUGAAACGUGGAAUGCGGAGACAGGAGCAUGCGACAAAGGGGAUGGGUACGUCACAUUUCGCUUCUUGAGUUAUACCACGCCUUGAACCUUUCACAGACUUUCAUGGAUUUGGAAUGGAAACAUAAAUACAUGUAGUGACAGAAUAACAAAGAUAAUGAUGAUCAAAGAUUGAGAACCGAACCUGUAACUUAUAGAAGUUAAAUGAGUUUCAGUUAAAUAUAUUAUAAAAUUCAGCUCUUUGAGGUUCUUAUUAACACUUGAAUAAAAGC